AAAUAAUGGACAUUCAAAGAAGAUGAACCUGCACCAGCUCCUCCCUAAACCACACAGACAGGCUGCAGCACACGCGGACCCGACGACUCUGACCAGAUUGAACAAAGAUGUAAAUCGUCCAAGUCCAAACUACAAUAACACUGCCAAGCUCUCUUCAAACAACUGGACCUUCAACAAGACCCUCUCCAACCUCAUCAGGAAGAAUAUUCUGAGAUUUCUUGAUCCGGAGAGAGACAUCUCUAUUCUCAAGGGCACAGUCAAGCGGGGAGAUAUCAUCCACUAUGUUUUUGAUCGCCACAGUACCACAAACAUCUCAGAAAAUCUCUACCGUCUUUUGCCAACUGCAUCCCCCAUGAAGAAUCAACAUCACAGGCGCUGUGCCAUUGUGGGAAACUCUGGGAUCCUGCUGAACAGCAGCUGUGGACCCGAGAUUGACUCUCACGACUUUGUUAUCAGGUGUAACCUGGCACCAGUGGAGGAAUACUAUCGCGACGUGGGAUGGCGGACCAACUUGGUGACCAUGAACCCUUCAGUGGUGCAGCGGGCCUUCCAGGACUUGGUCAACGAAGAGUGGAGGGAUCGCUUCUUGCAGCGGCUCCAAAGCCUCAGCGGCAGCGUGCUGUGGAUCCCAGCCUUCAUGGCCAAGGGGGGAGAGGAACGCGUGGAGUGGGCCCUUCGUCUCAUCCUGCUGCACACCGUGGACGUACGCACCGCCUUCCCCUCGCUGCGCCUUCUCCACGCUGUCAGAGGGUAUUGGCUAACCAACAAUGUCCACAUCAAGCGUCCAACCACCGGGCUCCUCAUGUACACGAUGGCCACUCGCUUCUGUGAAGAGAUCCACCUUUACGGCUUCUGGCCCUUCUCGCUCGACCCACAGGGCAAACCGGUCAAAUACCACUACUACGAUACUUUAAAGUAUGAGUACACGUCCAGCUCGAGCCCUCACACCAUGCCUCUGGAGUUCAGGACCCUGAGCACAUUGCACAGACAGGGGGCGCUCCGGCUUCACACUGGGACCUGCGACGUAGAGGGGAGACCACAGAAGGAGCUCCCGAGCAAAUUGAAUGAAAGCUGAAUUUAGAGAUCUCCAUGGAAACCACUAAGCAGACCCUGUAUAAAACGUUUUCUUGUUACCGUACUUUUAUGAAACUUGAAUUAACUUAUUUUCAGUAAUUGGAAUGAACUUUUUCUAUUUUGAGCUAUUUCAGUGACUUGUUACACUGGUGUGAACCUUUUAACAAGAUUUCUAUGGCAACCUCUAAAAUAAUGAGACCCGUUUUUUGUGUAGCUGGUGUAACCCAACUGUUCACAGAGAUCCUAUCAUGUCCAUCUGUCGGCCACUUAUUUUCCUCGAACAGACGAUUUCAACCUGUCACAGUUAAGUUAUGGAUUAAGGCUGCAGAACACAAAAUUGCCUUUUCUAAAUUAAUCACAAGAUGACAUGAAUGAAUAGUCCUAGUUUAUGAUAUGAGAGGGCUCCAUUAAUAAUGUGUUGUAAUUUACCCAGCAUGUCAACAGCUUGAAGAGCUGUUGAAUUAAUGGCUCCUGUGAGUCACUCAUUGGGCCACAAGAUGGAAGCACUUAAUAAUCAGGGAGAAGGAUGAUAAAAGAAAAACUGUUAGUUAACCGUUCUCUUGAUGGUGAACCCUUUUGAUUAGGAUCUUUUAAUAGAGUGUAUGUGAUGUUUCAACUUGUGAUAAGACAUUUUCUUCUGAUAGAGAACAUUUUAUGCUUUUUUUAUAGCUUCUUAUGAAGCACCUUAACCGGUGUUCACAGUAAAACAGGUCAUCCAUAAGCAAAAAUCAACCACAACUGCCAUGUGAUAAAGUUAGGGUACAUUGAGAAAGAAGGAGCGGAAGCACGAUGAGUCGUAUUUGGCUUCUGUGAGGAUAAAGAAGGAGUGUACCAGCUGUUCACAUAAGAAUGUUUACACAGACUCAGCCUAUGGUAAACUCACUUUGUAAACUCAAAGAACACCAGCCCUGUUUCUGCACUGGAAAUAUACGUUUUGAGGUUAGACUGUAGUCGCGUAGUGGUAGUAAAAAAAACGUUGCUUUUUAUUUCAAUGAAUGUAUUGGUGAUAUUCUUACAAAUGCUGUAAGAAGUGAGCCCCAUAAUGUGCUUUAAAUUAAUUCCUAGUUACAGUUAGCAACAGUUUCAAAGCAUUAACACUGAAGCUGAUAACUUGAAUGCCUUUAUUCAUUCAAAAUAAUGUAAUAAUUAUACUUGUAUAGUGUAUUUGGGUUAGUAUUAAACCAGUAUAGGUUGAUAUAGAUAUUUGUGGAUUUGAUUGAAGCUGCCAGUAUUUUGUGCCUAUAAUCAAUAGAUUUGUAUAAUUGGAUCAUUCACAUGCCCGGAAACAAAACUGUUCAGGGUUUAUCCAAGUUAUCCUUAAGAAAGAUGAAGACUUAUGAUUGUUUAAUAAUGUCACUCACUUCUGAAACCCGCAUAUGAAUAAACACUAAAUAAAAAAAUAAAAAGAAAUGUGCAACACAAGUAUAUUUUAUUGGAUACUUGUUUUGUCUGGGAAGAACUCCAUUCUGUGUUUAUUCUAAGGCCAAUACCAUACUGAUUUGUCAAACCACUACACCAGUUUAAUGCUAGUUUGGCUUAUAUUUUUGUAUUUCCAAGCUCCACCUUAGUAAAAGUCUUGAAUUUUAGCUGUUGAGUUUUAGUUUUUUUUUUCUUCUUCUUUCAGGAGUUGUCUCGAACGCUUAAUUAGCCCCUCAUGUACUCCCAGUCAUGUGAUAUGUUCAAAAAAGUGUUGUUUUGACAGGAUGCGCCUGUUGACUUGCGUGUUGGCCUACGCUGCCAGUUAAGAAUAAACAUGAAAGUUGUACCAGAGACGUCAGCAGUCUGAAGCAAUGAAAGGUUUAUUUGUGAGAGCUCGUCUGAGCCUGGCAAAAAUAGAAACACUCUGUGACCAACACAAUUAAGUUUAUUAACCCCGAAUCUGGUAUUUACCACGGUUUAGAAAACGUUCUACUGACAUGUAGUUUCUGCUGUGAAACUGUGGGGAUUGUGCUGUAUAGUUUUAGCUUACUUUUUACCAUGUAUACUGUAUGUUAACAUCUGUUUAAUUGCUAAGUUCCAGAAAACAAAUGUUAGCUUUUGCAUGUUUGUCAUGUCUUGAUGGAAAUAAUUUUUUUUGUAUUCAAAAUAUUCACUAUGACUCAAGGACGCUUAAAUUGUAAAGUUAUGACAAAGUGAAUGUACUUUACUGUGGAAGAAAAUACACAAAAGACCAGAAUGAAAAUAAUAACACUUCGAGCCUCUCGCUUAAAACGAUUUAACACUUCAAAGGAAGCAAUUUUAUUUCAGUAGUGUUUUCAAAGAAAUGGAAACUGGGCAAACAGACGCUGGUACACAUAACAUCUCUGUGUCAAAAACCAAGCAGGGACUUUUUUCAAUAAACUUCCAAACAGUUUGUACAUUUAUAUUUUUUUGUUUUUUGUUUAAAUGUGGAACUUAGAUUAGAUUAACUAGCCUUCAAAUAGCUACCACAAUGACUUUGAUUUAUUUUACAAGAGGAACUUUCUGCAGUGGAUGAUUCAGUUCUAAUAAAAGUCCAGAAUUAGCGUCUUUAAAUGAACUAGCUUUUUCCACAAUGUCACAACUAAAGAUAAAAGACGUUGCCAGAAAGGAAGACGAUAACUGUACAAAGGAAACGUUAGCAGAAGCACUGAAAUGGAUCUGCAGUUGUCCUCGCAUACAGUGAAAGACUCCAAUUAAACAUGACACAAUACUGAAAUGAACACAUAGGAUGGAAAACACAUGAAAUAGUCUGCAGUCUGCUAAAGGACAUCAUAUCAAAAAUAUGGUUGAAAGUUUGAUUCACAUAUGAUUUAAUAUAUGAUUCAAAAACCUUAUCAUUCACACACACUCCUGCAUACAGCUUAACAGUGACAAUAAAUGUACCCAGUCUCCUGCGAAUGUCACCAACCAAAUACACAAUGUUCUUUCUCCUGGAAAGAAAAUGUCAGAUUUUGAGACUUUGCACUUUCUCUUUUUCUGUUUACUCGGGAUGGAGGUCAUUUGGAAACAGCUGCACCUGUAGGCCAAGGGGCACUAUCAAAUAACAGUUUGGAUUAAAACUCAAGGUCACCUACAACACCCACGCUCACAUUCGCUGCAGAAACCUAAUCUCGGUGUACUCUGCAUUGUUGUUAGUUUACUGUAAUUACAUUUAGAGAGCGCAGACAGAGACUAGGAAGGUUUGUAAACUCCUCUGCUAUUUCUUUCAUAUACUUUAAAUCUGAAUUUUGAUGCUUUACUGUGUAUUUGGUAUAUGAAUUAAAGGCAUAACAAAUAUAACCAACCAGUUAUGGUUUUCAUUGUUUUCAUUUAAUACUGCUCGUGGGCCAAAUUAUUUGAGGACUUUGUCCGUUGCAGUUAAGACCUCCAUUUUAGACUCAGGUAUCAAAACAUUUCCAUCAACAGUCAAAACCAGUGUUGCUUUACUCAAGGAAGA